AUGGCAGACUUCCGUGUCAAGCUUGAGGCCGAGCAAUCGCCUUCACCUAAAGACAGUCCAGUCUUCGUAGGCGACGAUGAGAAUCACACUCGACGUAGCGCGUCUCCGUUUACAUUUACUGCUGACUCUCCCAGGCGCAAUCCCUCACCAUCACCUACUCCCUCAUUCGCAGACGAGGCUCCCAACCAUGUCAUUCCAACAUGGCAGCGAUGUGGCAAUCUUGACAGGCUGACCCAAGUUGAUAUCAAGGAAGAAGCCGUUAAAAAUGGUCUCACUACACUCAGAGAAUUAGAAGCUGCUCUUCAGCAUCACCCAGAAGUUUGGAGUUCCACCAAGUGGCUGGAACGUAUUGCGGCAAUACGAGCAGCUAAGAAAGAGUGCCGAGUUCUGAUCGGAUUCCUCGGAGUUACUGGGGCCGGAAAAUCAACCCUCAUCAACUCCGUUCUUGGGUUUGAGGAUCUUUUACCUGCCGAUGAUGAAAAGGCUUGCACCGCCGUCAUCUGUGAAAUUUCAUGGAACCCUAGAAAUGACCCAGCUGCUGCUCAUGUGGCUAUUAUUGAUCGCAUCAAUAAGGAGGACUGGGAGUCUGAGCUUGAAAAACUUUUUCGGGACCUUGCCGAUAAGAUAUCUAACAAGGAUGGAGAUAGUGAAGAGCCAGAUCUCGAGCGAGACGAGCGGAUCAGAGCUGCUUUCGGCAAAGUUAAGUGUGUCUAUCCUUCCAUCAAAAGUCUCGAGGCAUUGCAACGUCAAACUGUUGCCACUCUCAUGAACCAUUGUAAUGUCCGAGAUAUCCUGGGCCAGAGCAAAACUAUCAAGAGCGAUGAUCUUUUAAAAUUUGCCGAUUCUAUCAAGCCUUACAUUGAUAGCAGCAAUUCCAAGGAAGAUAAUGGCACCUAUGAAUUCGCCCAAUGGCCUCUUGUUAAGCUUGUUCGCCUCCAAAUCAAGGCCGAAGUUCUCAAGACUGGCAUCGUUCUUGUCGAUCUUCCAGGUUCACUGGACACCAAUGCAGCUCGUGGGGCCCUUGCUGCAACUUAUACAAAAAACUUGACUCUCAGCUGUGUUGUUUCGCCAACGAGCAGAGCAGCUUCAGACAAGCCAGCUCAAGAUCUACUUGGGUCUAUCACAAAGCGUUACUUGCAAUUAGAGGAUCAGUUUUCAAGCGACCAUCUAUGCUUCAUCGUUACCAAGAUUGAUUCAUCUCUUAGUGUGUCCCGAUACAUUAGGACCCAUCCGGAAGUCAGCAAACAACUCACCGAUGUUUAUGAGAAAGAAACCAAAAAUCAAGAAGGCAUUGAAUGUAUUAGUGCCUCCGAGGCUACAUAUAAACAGAGCAUAAAAGAGUAUAAGCAAGACUUGGCUGAACGCAAUAAACAGAUGAAGGAACUCGAAGCACAUAUUAAGACUGCCAAGUUGAAGCGCAAGCGUGACGAUCCAGCUCCCAUUGCGCCUGCAUUGUCGGCGGAGAACAAACAAAACAAAAAGCAUUAUUUUGAAAUGCAGAAGGAAGCUCAGGAGAUUCAAAAUAAGAUCAAAGAUUGUGAAAGCUGGCUUCUUAAAGCUCAGCAAACAUUAACAAAGUUCCGUGAUAAAGAGUGGAUACUUGAGUCAAAAAAGGUGCGAGCGUGUAUUCAAAACCGAAAUGCUGUUUCCACUACAGCGUUACGAGAUGAUUUCGAGGCCGUCAGGAAGCAAAUGGGGGAGAAGAAGGCAGAAAAGCCCUUGCAAGUCUUCUGUGUCUCUUCUAUGGCAUUUCUCGACCUUAUGAUGAGACAGAGAUCGAAUCAGGGGUUUUUCACAGUGAAGGACACUGGAAUUCCAGCCUUGCGAGCAUGGCUGAUCAAUGCUACAUUGGGCACUCGUAGCCGAAAUGCUGAAUCGUUCUUAGCGGAUAUUGAGAGUCUAGAAACUUCGUUGCGAUUGUGGGCCGCUGAUACGACUGUUGAGUAUAAGCUGCCCGCCGCUCAAAAAGAUGAAAUCGAAAACGCUUUUGAUGAGCAAGUAGAUAUUCUAUGCAAGGCAUGUGUGGCUACUCUGAUAAAGUUAAAAGAGCUUAAUACGCGCACAGUCGAUCAGAUUGAGAAGCAUUUUGAGAAUGGCAUCUUUAAGCAUAUGCCAUUAACAGAGAAGAAAGCUGUUGCAAAGGGUGAGAUCGCCGUCAGAGGUUGGGCCCAGCGACCAAUGGCAUGGGGAACUCACCGAGCUUGUAAUCGCAAUCAGGGAGAUUGGAAGAGCAACACUGGUACAGUACAUCAUUGGAAUGAUGAUUUAGGUGCCUUGUACCUCGAUGACUACAUGAUCAAGCACUGGCGCAAAACAGUUCACAAGACUUUACCUGAAUUUCAUCAAAAGUACAACCACUCUGUCGGCGUUGUCAUCAACGUAUUCGUUGAUCGUGUUGUGAGCGCAGCUACAGCCAUCUGUCCUCAAGUUGCUGAGCCUUUGGGUCUUUGGAAGCAGAGUGUCAUGAAAGGUGCUAAACCAUUGAAGGAUAACGCAGAGGAAAUUUUCCAGACCAAGAUCAAAUCUACAGCUACUGGUGCACAUCAGCUUAUUGUUCCAAAGAUCCGAGAAAUAUGGUUACCCAUCUACGAAAAGUGUGGUGAAGAAUUUGGCAAAGGUCACUUCAAGCGCAACAUUGAGACCCACGUUGAUUUCAUUCAGAAAAACGGUCGACCCAUGUAUAAGAAAUGCUCCAAAGCAAUUCGUGGGGCUUUUCAAAAGCUUGGUACCACGCUUCCGGACGAAUUCUCUAAGAGUACUGACACAGCAACCGCUAAGAUCAAGGAAGAGUUCAGCAUGAUGAUGGAUAACCAUACCAUUAAGGAUACUACCCUUACAGGCGGAGUUGGUGGGGUUUGUCCAUCCAAGGUCAAGUUGCGGGAUGCGCUCAACUUAAGUUUCGCGACUCUGCACUCUGCCUGGGGUGAAGAGGCUGCAGAAGCAGUUGUGGAGGAGGAAGAAGAGCCCGAAGAAGAGGAGAUCGACAUAUCUGAGUUUAAGGCAGAGAAGGGUAUGGAAGAAGACACCUUUGUUGUCUCCGACAUCAGCGAUGUCGAGGAUGAUGUAAAGGAUGGCGAUUACGUUCCAGGACCUUAAAGUGUUUGCCCAUUCCGCAGCCCUCGAUCUUGCGUCCACAGCGUAUUUUCCAUCUGCUCCCCUAUUUUGCAUUGCUCUGCAUCAGCCGAGCUUCCUUGCCAGCUAGUACAACUUCUUAUCAGAAGAUCGAAAACUGCCAUUUCGCUCCGCUAUGCAUUCACACACAUUUAUCAGCACCCAAUUAUCAAAUAUCCGUUAUCUCACAAAGUUACGAAUUUACGGCCUUACGAACAACAAAUCGCAGUAUCAAUAUCUUCUAUUCCCAGAACAUUACGUUUAUCUCCAGAUCUUUGGAUCAGGCAUUCAACAGCAAUAUCAGACAGCAGACAGCCGAAUAUCCACAGUUUCAUAUUUACAUUCUUAUUUCCAGAUCUGCGCUGGCAGAUGACGACAGGCAUGAUCUCAUAUUAUUUUCCUUGCUACUUUUCUUUAUUUCCUUGGUUCUUUAGUUAUCUAGCUGCUAAUUGAAAAUUGAUAAACA